UUUGGCCACGUUUCUAGGAAUUUAUUUUAUUUACUAAUUACAAGUGAAAGGGAGGCGUGGAGGGAGGUAAGCACUCAAUAUUCUCCGCUUGGUAAUAAUUACAAUAUGAACUAAGAUAUUGGAAGGCUAGAAGGAGGCAGACAUGUUUUCUCUUCAGCUGAUACAGAAGAAAAUUGACAAGUUCACUGCAUCCGCCCCCAAGGACAGCGGUGCCAAGAGGAAAAAAACAACCGAACCCAAGUCGCCUGCUGCCAAGAAGCGACAUAUGGACACGGCAGACACCAACACCAGCACGACGACAGGCACGAAGAAGACGAGGAAGAAGAGGAAUAGAAACCGCGGCAAAGCACAGAAUCGAAGCAAAAGCGAUGGGGAAUCAGACGACAAGGGCGAGAAUGACACACCUCUCACCGUCGCCUCAAGCUUGCCGAUACUUUACGUAAACACCGAGACAAGCGUACCAGAGCAGGAGGUGCGGCCCAGCGUCAACCCAGAGAGCUUAACCGAGACUACCGAGUACGUAAACACUGGUAGUAAGACCGAGGAGCAGAAUGACAGUAGCUACAGCAGUGAAAUUGAGCUUUGGGGUGGCGGAAAGCAUCAAUUUGACCACUUGUAUGACUGCGGUGCGACGGAAAAGGGAUGGAAGAGUGACCAGGGCGGGAGAAAAGGAAAAAACGGAGGGAGGAGAAAGAGGAACGUGGAUAGACUACCAGAUACCAUCUUUGCGGACAUAUCGGAGAACAGCAGCGACUUGGAACUGUUUCCGAGAGCGAGGGACGGAGAUGGACCUUUCGACUCGGACUGUGUGGAGGUGAUCGACCCCAGCAGUGACUCGGAGAUGCCGUGGGGGGUCAAGAUGAAGGAGCAGGACAUGAGGGCCUUCACCGAGAACCUGAGGAAAGUCACCGAGCGCAGCAGUGACUCGGAACGCAGAAAGAAGGACAAGAAGAACCGUUCCAUCAACAAAUACCCCAAGGAAGUUAAUGAGAUCAGCAGCGACUCGGAGGUUCUACGGGCCCCGAAGAGGAAGGAGAAAAAAAAGCUUGGGAGUCCGAACCUUGAGAGCAACUCCGACCUCACCAGCGACGUCAAACUCUCGCGCCGACACCGAGAACCGAGGAAAAACGAAACGAAACACAACAAAAAACGGGAAAUCGAGGCCAACCGAAACGCAGCACCCGACGUCAACCAAAGACUAACCAUCGGGGAAUGCAUCGCAACCACAACAACCGAGAGCGGGACCGUCAUCGCAGCGCUGCACCAGUCCGCGACCCUAUACCUACAAGGGAGUAUUAGGGUCACCCCGCUGCUGGGUACGGUGGAAGUGCUCGGUUAUAAGCUGCGGCAGGGGGAGAGUCAGGUCAUGUACUCCCUCCCGACGGCUUCUCUUCUUGGCGUAACGGCAGUUGAGGCGCGAACGAUUGACGGUACGCAGGAGUCGCUCGCUGGGGUUGAUGUGACGUGGCUUGAAGGGGUGAAGGAGAAGACAAGCAGUGCCGUCAUCCUCGAGGUCUCCCGGCACUCAUCGCCAAGGGUCAGCUUCCUGGUGAGUGCCGGCUGGGGUGUGUUGGGCCGCUGCCUGAAGAUACAGAGGCCCUGGAACUCUAUCGGUGCCUCGGUGGUCACCCGGAACGAUUAUAACAAGUACCGUGUCACCCGUAUUCCGCCGGAGUGGAGGGAGGCGGCGCAGACCCUGGUGGAGACGCUGAAGUGUGGAUCAGUUCCUUACGUCAUAAUCUGCGGCGGGAAAAGUGUCGGGAAAAGCACCUUCUUCAAGUACCUCGCCAACACCCUCCUCUCGGCCACCCCAGAGACCGGUGUAACGUGUCUCGACUUCGACCCAGGGCAGCCGGAGCUCUCCCUCCCCACCGCACUCUCCCUCACACACCUCACGCAGCCUCUCCUCGGCCCACCCUACGCCCUAAACCUCGACACCAUCUCGUCAAGCCAUACGCACAAGCUCGUAGGCGCCGUAAGCCCACAGUUCAUACUAGAGGCGUAUGGGAAGGCUGUCCGUGACCUGUGCGAUGCCGCGAGGGAGCAUGCGAGCAAGGCGCCGAUUCUUGUCAACACGAUGGGGUGGACGCAGAGGACAGGUCUAGGGCUCAUGCUGGAUGUGUUGCGGGUAGCCAAGCCAACACACGUCAUGCAGAUACAAAGCCCAAAGUCCGACCGCAAUUUCCCGUUCUUUCUCGAAGCGGAAACCGUUCGCGACGCAAGAGGAGGAAUCACGACCAGCCCUGGCGAUGUCGACCUCCACUACGGCCUGACGAUUCUACCCUGCGCGACCCUGGACAACUGCGGCCCUCACAUAUCGCAGCCCAAGGCACUACGGGAGCUUAGGGUCCUCGCCGAAGCAGGGCAGGCUGUAGAAUCGGAGUCCCAUAUCGCAGUGCCGUGGGCUAAUGUGGCACUUCAUGUAUGCGAGGAUCAAGUGCCGAGAGACAGAAUUCUACAAGUGCUCAAUGCCCAGUUGGUCGCUCUGUGCCGUGUUGAGCUUCCGAGUCUCUGCACGCCACACCCUGAUCUCCCGCAGCUGCUGUUACCCGGUGCUGGCCUUGGCGAUCUCCUAGGCUGGGGUGUUGUCAUGGGGGUUGAUCCACUGGCGAGCAAGAUCCACCUGGCAACGGCGCUGUCAGAGGAGGUGGUUCAUGAGAAGGUCAAUGCACUCAUUAUGCCCCAACUCCACCUCCCGGCCGCCUUCUAUAAGCUGUUCAGUGCGGGUAAGGAGGGGCCGUACCUGCAGAAGGAGGGUCGUAAUGAGGCCGCCAGGUUGAGGGUCGGACGAAAUUUCAAACCCAGGCGAAAGUGACCCGACCCGACCUGACCUGACCUGACCCGUGGAUGCUAAUACUUUAUCUUAUGCAUUGGAAGGGAUGAUGAUGGAAGGAUAAGGUACAAGGAUAUCUUUUUUUAUAUUAUUUUUAUCUAUUUUUCUUUAUUUAUUUGAUUUUAUUUUGUUUUUUUGUUUUUUUUGUCUUGGUCAGAAUUGGUCUCAGUAUCUUUUGCUCUCUCUCUCUCUCUCUCUCUCUCUCUCUCUCUCUCUCUCUCUCUCUCUCUCUCUCUCUCUCUCUCUCUCUCUCUCUCUCUCUCUCUCUCUCUCUCUCUCUCUCUCUCUCUCUCUCUCUCUCAGGCUUAAGCACUAUUAAAGAACUGAAAGGCUAUAGGCUUGUUCUGGGCCCCUCUCUCUCUCUUGUAAUCCAUAUUGUUUUUUUUUCCUUAAUUUUUAUCAUUUUACUUUAUUUUUUAUUACUAUUAUUAUUAUCAUCAAAAGUUUUAUAAUUACUGUAACUAUUUUCUUCAGAACUUCAUAAUUUUGUUACCAUAUAAGGAUCAGUAACAUCAUAAUUGUUCAGCAUCAUUGAUUAGGAUUACAAUUAAAAGGGACCUGUUUGAAUGUUUGAAUAUAACUCUUUUUAUAUAUACAAUAGGCCUGUUAAUAGGACGUUCAUUUCUUAUAUAUAAUUUGCACUCAUUUAAACAUAACCUUGCUCAAACUGUUACCGGGCCUAUAAUUUGGACCGGGCCUAUAAUUUGGGUAGAUUCUUCAGGGGGACAAGAAUAAAUAAAAAAUGUAUUAAAAUAUUUGAAUACAACUCUUUUUAUAUAUUCAAUAGGCCUAAUGAAGGGUGUAUUUAUUUAUAGUAAUACAAGCCUUAUUAUUUCCA